AUGGGUAUCUGGCGCCUUAAAACCUACAUGCAAAAGAGUUACAAAUGGAAAGAGAUAGGAAAAGAUCCCCCACUAAGCGGCCCGUUGCUGAUAGACGCCAUGAGCUGUUGUUACUCUCUCUAUGACGGAAUAGAUUGGAAAUAUGGCGGCCAGUACAAAGAGCUUGAUCAGAAAUGUAGGGCUUUCUUGACCAACCUAAAAAAAUCCGGUAUUGAGCCUAUUCUUGUGUUUGAUGGUGUGGAUUACAAAAGAGAGAAAGCCUCCACCCUUCAAGAGAGAGGAAAGGAUAAAGCAGAAUGUAUUCAAACUGUACUUUUAGAGGGCAAGUACAAAGAUGGCUGUUUAUGUUUGCCAGUCUUUGCUAAACUCGUCUUUAUGGAGGUAAUAAAAGAACUUAGCAUUCCCUUUAUUGUUGCUGAUGGAGAUGCAGAUAAAUUGACUGCAUCAAUGGCAAAUUUUUAUGGAUGCCCAGUUCUUGCCAGCGAUUCUGAUUAUUACAUUUUCAAUGUUAAAGGUGGUUACAUACCUUUUGAGCACUUCCAUUGGAAAUCAAAGCCAAUAAAUGGAAAGAUUUAUCAUUUGAGCAAUUUCCCCGUAAAAAUUUGUGACCCCGAUAUUAUUUACCUGAUACCAGCACUGAUUGGCAAUGAUUUCCUUAAGUCUCCAGACGAAAGACGAGAUGUAAUAACCUCAGUCAUUGAUGGAGGGGUGGAAGGAAGAGGCAAGGGAGGUCAUACUAUUUAUAGUGAUGAUGAACUGGUUGCUCGGCUGGUUGACCACAUUGCUUCAUUCUCAUCUGUUGAGGAAUUUUUUUCUAGCUCCUGCAAGUCAGAGCAAGUGAGAAAAAACUUUCACGAGGCGAAAAAAAUGUACAGUAGUGAUGCAAUAAGUAUGGAUGAUGCUAUGAAGAGCACAAAACUGGAAACAGCCAAUAAGACAUCACUGCCUUCAUGGAUACUCAAGCAAUAUCGUGCUGGAUGCUUCUCAACCUCAGUAAUGGAGCCAAUGGUUCUUAAUGAUUGUAUGCUGCCAAUGAUCAUUGAUAAUCCUAAGAUGGAGUCCAAUAUGAAGAUUGGUGAGCCUCUGAGGAGACACUUGUACGGCUUAUUAAAACCUUAUCUAAAGGUACAAAAAGUCAAAGAAGGCAUACAUGCACAUGUAUGUGUACGUGUUGGUCAAUAUGAUGUACAAUAUACAGUCAAAACACUUACUGCUCAGUCUCUAAUCACAAAUGUAGACUUAAUAAGAGAUGAAGAGAGACUUGGAUUGCUUUGUGAUAUAUUUGAAGUCUUGCCAGAUAAAUUGGACAAAUUUGAAGAUAAAUGGAAGCUGGUUGCACUGUCCUUGCAUUACUGGAGCAGGAAUGCUGAGGCCCUUACUCAGCAACAGAUCAAUGCUCUUCUCUUUUGCUUUGUGGUUUGUUCCAGUGAGCAAGGAAGGGGCAUUAUUGCUAGUCAUUUUCGUUUUCAGAUUGAUGGUCAUUGGAUCAAUCGCCAGCUUGACAGCCUCCACUCUCUCUCAAUGUGGCAAUGCGUGUAUUAUGAGGCCAUGAAACUGAAUGAUGUCCUUAAACGACCACUUGAAUUCACUUCUCCAGCUCUUUUAUUUGAUGGUAGACUAUGCUUAAAUUAUGCUUGCAUGAAAGAAGCAGAUUUUGAUGCUAUCAAAGAAGAGACGCUGACUACAUUUCCAGAUAUGGCAAAACUUUAUGAGGAGCUGUUAUCAAUAUGCAGUGCUAGAGAGGUUUCUAAGGGCAGCUCAUCUCAUAAAGCAAGCAAAGAGAAGCAUAAGCAACCUGCAGCAGCAGCAAAGAAGAUUUACAGUACAACAGUUAGUACUGCAAAUCGUUUUGAACUCCUUGAUCUUGAAAGUGAUGAUUCUGAUGAAGGUGAUUCCGAUGAAGAAAACUAA